CUAGAAAUAGUGGCGGGUUUUACGAGAACUGUAUUACAAACACUUCAUAAAAAUUGAAAACUUGUGUCAGGAGGAAGGAGAAAAAGCACCAAAUACUUUAAGAACUCGACAAAGACUAUACACAAAUGAAGCAAAAAUAAAUAGCUGAAUCCCAAUCCCUCGCUUCUUAUUAUAGUAAGAGAGUGAAGUUCAGAGACAGAGAGUUUUUUCUUUUGAGAAUAGAGACAGAGAGUUAGGUGUAGACAGAGAGAAGAACAAAAACUGGAAAAAAUGGAGAAUCAUAACAAUGACGAUGAUCUUCUUCAUGUUGUGAUGUUCCCAUUCUUCGCAUUUGGUCACAUCAGCCCAUUUGUUCAGCUUUCCAACAAGCUAUCCCUUCACGGCGUCAAGAUUUCCUUCUUCUCCGCCGCCGGAAACGCCCCCCGGGUUCAAUCCAUGCUCACUUCUUCACCUCCCAACACCCAGAUUAUCCCCCUCACUCUCCCCGCCGUCGACGGCCUUCCUCCGGGCGCAGAGAGCACCGCCGAAUUGUCUCCGACCGCCGUCGAGCUCCUCAAGGUGGCUCUCAACCUCAUGAAGCCGCAGAUCAAAUCCCUUCUCGUUCAACUCAAGCCCCACUUUGUGCUCUUCGAUUUCGCCCAUGACUGGCUGCCGCCGAUGGCGGCGGAUCUCGGGAUCAAAACCAUCUUUUACUCUGUUUUCAUCGCUUUGUCCACCGCUUUCGCCACCGUCCCUGCUCGGCUCCCUGAACCCGGCAGAAAAUCUCCCUCUCUUGAGGAAAUGAAGAAACCCCCGCCGGGAUUUCCGCAAACUCCGAUCACUUCACUCAGAACCUUCGAGGCUCGAGAUUUCCUGUACAUUUUCAUGAGCUUCGAUGACAAUCCCUCUGUUUAUGAUCGUGUUCUUGCAGGUCUGAACGGCUGCUCUGCAAUUCUAGCAAAGACAUGCUAUGAAAUGGAAGGUCCUUACAUUGAUUUCGUGAAAUCCCAGUUCAAGAAACCUCUUCUUCUCGCCGGCCCGGUGGUCCCGGAGCCAUCCUCCGGCGGCGAUCUAGAUGAGAAAUGGGAGAAAUGGUUGGCCCAAUUCGAACCCAACUCCGUAAUUUACUGCUCAUUUGGGAGUGAGACGUUCUUGAAAGACGACCAGAUCAAAGAACUGGCUCUCGGGUUGGAACUCACCGGACUUCCAUUCUUUCUGGUGCUGAACAUCCCCGCCUCCGUCGAGAAAUCGCCGGAGCUGAAAAGGGUACUUCCGGAAGGAUUCUCAGAGAGGGUUAAGGGAAGGGGGAUCGUCCAUUCAGGGUGGGUGCAGCAGCAGCAGAUCCUAGCCCACACUAGCGUGGGGUGCUACGUCUGCCAUGCCGGAUUCAGCUCGGUGAUUGAAGCUAUGGUGAAUGACUGUCAGCUGGUUAUGCUUCCCCUGAGAGGCGACCAGUUCCUGAACGCUAAGCUGGUGGCGGCGGAUCUGAAGGCCGGCGUGGAGGUGAAUAGGAGAGAUGAAGAUGGGUAUUUCUGGAAAGAGGAUAUUCAGGAAGCUGUGCAGAGAGCUAUGGGGGAAGAAGGGACACUGACAAGGGAAAACCAGAAGAAGUGGAAAAAGUUUUUGGUUGAUAAAGAGAUUCAGAGUAAAUUUAUCAAGGACCUGGUCAAGGAAAUGAGGUCAAUGGCUGCCCUUGACUAAGAUUGACUAAGAUGUGUUUGGUUGAGGUAUUAUCAUUACAUUACCUUCAUGUUCCAUGCUUAAUAAAAGAUGGGGCUGUUAGAGUUUCAUUGCAGCUACUUGCAGCUCUUACUAGCUAGUUUUGUUUGUGUGUAUCUUAGAACUCAUUAGUAUGAUAUAAAUUGCUUUUAAAAUGGUAAUCGCACUUUUGCUAGUCAUUAGAAAAUCAAAAUGUUUGCUAAAAUUGGGUGCAAGUUCAAAUGUUGGGACUAUAAUAUUUUUUGGAUCAAAAUGAGAUUUUGUAUCCACUGUUCUUUAUGCAUUCCUUUACCAUAGACAUCUUUUAACCUCCC